AUGCGCCAGGGCUGUGCCGGUCGGUUUUCUCAGCCACCGGCUCCGGUGCUCCUCCUCCUCAUCGCACUUACCGUGCUCCUCUCCACCGCGCCAGUGAUUGGAUGGCGCCCCUGGCCCCACCUUAAAUCCAACGCCACCGAUCUCCAACUCGGAGACAACAAAAAAUUCGAGGGCUCAUCUGAGUUCGUCCACUUGAAAUACCAUAUGGGCCCGGUCCUAACCGCCAAUAUAACCGUCCACACAAUCUGGUACGGCACGUGGCAGCCGGCCCAGAAGAAGAUCAUCCGCGAGUUCAUCAACUCAAUCUCCGCCGCCGGUUCCAAACGCCCCUCCGUCGCCGGAUGGUGGAAAACUGUACAGCUGUACACGGACCAGACCGGCGCGAACAUUUCCCGCACGGUGCGCCUCGGCGCAGAGAAAAACGACCGCUUUUACUCCCACGGCAAAACCCUGACCCGGUUAUCCAUACAGUCUGUGAUCAAAAGCGCCGUCACAGCCAGAACACGGCCGUUGCCUAUCAGCCCCCAGAAUGGGCUCUACCUCCUACUCACAUCUGAUGACGUGUACGUUCAGGAUUUCUGCAGACAGGUCUGUGGGUUCCACUACUUCACUUUCCCGUCCAUUGUCGGAUACACGUUGCCGUACGCUUGGAUUGGCAACUCAGCCAAACUGUGCCCGGGUGUGUGCGCAUACCCAUUCGCCGUACCCGAUUAUAUGCCCGGGUUGAAACCGUUAAAGUCACCGAACGGUGACGUAGGAGUGGAGGGGAUGAUAAGCGUUAUCGCACACGAGAUUGCUGAGCUGGCAAGCAACCCUUUAGUAAACGCCUGGUAUGCGGGUCAGGACCCGAGUUUCCCUGUUGAGAUUGCCGAUCUAUGCGAGGGCAUCUACGGUACCGGAGGCGGCGGGUCGUACACGGGUCAGCUGUUGGACGACCACGAUGGUGCCACGUACAAUAUGAAUGGGAUCCGACGGAAGUUCUUGGUUCAGUGGGUUUGGAGCCACAUUUUAAAUUACUGUACCGGACCUAAUGCACUUGACCAGUAA